AUGGAAACUCAAUCAUCGCGUUCGCCACUGCAGCGCCACCCCAAGUGCUCGGCGCUCUAUGCCAGCCGCCUUCGCCACAACUCGGAAGCUACGAAACCAACAGAGGUACUGACUGCAAGUGUCGCCUACUUGGCUAAUGUGACGGUUGAAGUGACCACCAAGGCAUUAUUGACUCGAGACUCGUCAACAUUUGCGCUCACAGUACACGACAACAAGUCCAGCUCAACGUGGCGCCAUCUCCGAUCCUAUUCUGAGUGCCGAGCAUUUCAGAGUCAAGUACUCAAGGUGUUGAGUCGCGGUCACUUAUGUUUUGCCGAAUGUCCUUGGCUCUACGCGUAUGUGCAACGCGCUCUGCCUGUCGAGCGAACGGGUCACCACUUGUUUCGAGUUGCUGGCCACAGUCCCAAGCCUCGCGUCGUGGAGAACCAGCGUCAAGCGCUUGCCAGACUUUUCGCCACACUGCAACGAGUUUUGCUGAACCCGCUCAACCAGAAAUGCACCGUUUUGAUGCAACAAGUCGCACCCGAAGUGAUUACAUUUAUCACCAACCGCAGUGGCGUGAACGCAGAUAUAGCUCUCAAUUCUCCCACGAGUAACGGACCGUUGGCAAAAACGUUUUCCGAGUCGUUCAUGUUUGAGAUUGAAGAGGACACAAAAUCAGAUGACGAAUCAUUCGGACAGACUAGCACUUUGACCACUGCGAGUCUCGAUGAUCUGGACGAAAGUAUUCCCGCUGAAGAAGACGCCACUAUUGCCGCAUUGGACAAAGUGGUGGCUGGCCAACGGGUGUGCUGUGCCAUGUGUGCACUGCACAAAAGACGGUCCGACGAACAAGUUUUCGCGUGUUGGCGAGCGGAAUCCAUGAGCAGUCGGUUUAUGAGGCUGCGAGCUGGAGCUGGUGCCGAGCGCAUUUCCCUUGUGGCAAAACGCCAGUUGCCUACCCACUCAAACGAAUCUCAAGUGAAAAAUGGGUGGCAAUCGCCAGCUCCGUCGCAACAAGCGAUGUCGCCACUGGAACCAUUGGCAGUUCUUGGCGAUCGAGUAUCGGAGGACAUGGUGAUAGUAACAACAGAACACGAAGGCACACCAACGGAACCUUUCCCAGGAUCUCCAUGCACUCCUCCAGUCCCUGGAACUCCAAGAGACUCGGUUGCUUCGGCGUCGUCUGUGUGCCAAAUCGAUCUCGAAAUGCUCGACGAUUGGUGCCUUUCGAAUGCAAUUCCGUCGCCAGAGCAGCAGCAGACUGCGCCUCCUGCAAAGUCGUCAGGACUCGAGAGAAUUCGUCGGAUGCCACGUCGCUCGCUGCUCGUGCUCAACUCGCUCCGCAGCAAGUUCACGACACGAAAGCACUGCGUUAUUUAA